AUGGGCCCGAAACGCAACGCCACCACAUCUCACAAGUCCAGUGUCCAAUCUCAGUACGAAGCACUGGAAGAAAUACAGCAACAUCUAGAUGACUUGCAAACGGAUCGUGCGUCUAUGGAAAUUGUAUACACAUCACUGAAAAAUGCCUUUUUAAUAUAUCCUUCUGCGGAAUGGGACGAAAUCGACAAGGAAAUAUGCAGAGCCUAUGAUGAUCUGAUGGCUCAAGUGAGGCAGCUGGAUCGCUCACUGAAAAAGCUGGACAAAUCCAUCAAAUCAACCAUCACACAAAAUGCCAACACAUCAACAUUGACAUAA